CUUUCCUCAUAUUAGCAUCAGCCACCUCCUUAGCCACCAAGAAACCAACCCUGUACUCAAAAAGCACCAUUUUCAUAUAUCUUCAUCCCCAUCUGCAGGAACAGAACUCAUACAGAGAGAAAACAACAAUCUGAACAAGCGAGGAAAGACGGCGUAAGGGAAGAUAUGAGUGCAGACUGGGGGCCGGUGGUCGUGGCAGUGGUUCUGUUCAUACUGCUAUCACCGGGACUUCUGUUUCAGCUCCCGGCAAGGACAAGAGUAGUGGAGUUUGGGAACAUGAACACGAGCGGGAUCGCGAUCUUGGUCCAUGCAGUUAUAUACUUCUGCAUACUCACGAUCUUAGUGAUUGCCAUUGGAAUCCACAUCCAUUUCUAAUCUGAAUCUCUUCUUUCUGAUGUAACAAGAACCCUUUGUUCUCCCAGAAGCUGAUGUAAAGAAAACUUCAGUCUGUUUUUGUUUUCCCUCUUUUUUGGUCAAAGGUUGUCUCUUUCAACU